CCAUCCUACGGCGUACUCUCCAUAACAUGCUUGGCUCAUAUCAAAACUGCCGUACGGAUGGACAGCCUCGUACGGCGUCGUGCGUCGUUCCCUUGACGUGAAGGGGAUUUUUCACGUGAGAGUCGACCAUGAAUGUAGGGUUUACGGACCCGACGCGACACUAUGGAUUGGACCCUAGCAGCGUUAGUCACAGUACUCAUCGUCUGUCUUCAACUGAACGGACUGCUUGCCGCCAUGGACCUGCAAGUACGUCAGGUGUGCAGCAAGUACGAGAUCCGUCUGCGCUGCGACCCGGGCCAGUACGUGGUCGUCCACGACGCCCACUACACGACGGCUCCAUUGCCGGGCCUGCCGGCAAACUCGAGUUGGCCCACCUGUACAGAUACAAUCAAGGGCAGAGAAGACGAGGACGAAGAAGACCACGACCCGCACCCUAUCAACUGCACAGAAGACAUUCGACAACCGCUGAACAACAGGUGUUCAGGAACGGUUCACUGCCUGUUCACGUUCAGCAGAGACCACUUGGACAAGAAAUGCCCCAGCGAUGGGGUUAUCGUCGUGCAAUAUGCCUGUGUUACUGAAAAAAUUGUCAACAACUACUGCAGCUUCAAGCUCCGUCAACGUGAGGGCUAUAUUUCUUCACCCGCAUUUCCACAUUAUUACCCAGGGUUAUCGAACUGCAGUUGGCAUAUCCAGGGUGCUCCGGGACAAACUGUUUCCGUCACCAUGCUGGACGUUUCGAUGAAGCAACCCAAACGGCAAUGGAUUUACCAUGUCUGCGAAGAUUCUGUGACCGUUGCCGACGGACAAAACAAGCUCCUCGUGGCCUGCGGAGACAGCGCUGGAAACCUACGCACUGUAAAUUCGGCUUCAAAUCACCUCACUGUUCAACUCAAGUCGUCGGAGUUCGUUCCGUAUAGAGGAUUUAUUUUGAAAUAUAAAUUGGUGGGCUGCCCAACACCGAGAAGUCCAAAGCAGGGUUACUUGGUAUUCAGGAACGAAAGUACUGCCCUCUUCAAGUGCUGCAAGGACCACUUCUUCACAGACACCUUUCAGAACACACGCACCCUAUUCUGCAUUGACGGCAACGAGUGGAACGACACUGUCUCUGGUUGUGCCUCUCGUUACGAACUGGCCCUGAACGGGACUCUCAUCGUCGACCCACAGUUUUCCGAGGCUCCAGAAUUAAUGAGCAGCGAUCAAGCAGUGCGGGAUAAGGAAACGGAAGAUAUGUCGCAUAUAGCAGAUAUUUUAAUUCCAGCUCUUCUUAUGGGCGGGCUCAUCUUGGGGAACAUAGUCAUUGUCCUCAUCAUCUUUCGGCUGCGGAAAGCGUGCACUUUCAGGAGACAGCAGCGGCGCGCAAAUCAAAAUGGACCAGUCCAAAUGGAUGAGCUUUCUCAUGAUGAAGCCAAGGCUCCGCUUGCAUCCAUCUUGCCAUCUGAAGUUUGAAGGCUGGACGUAGAUGCAGCCACGCACAACUCUCGCAUCCUGUGAGGGGGCGAUCGGCUGCUUCGGGACAGCAGCACAAACUUCAGCCGUGCAAUCUUAGUGAUCAAGAUUUUAUCUGUGUCGACUAUGAGAUCUACAUAUGGGGCACAAACUAUUUGUAGCCUUCGCUGAAUCUCACGCGAAUGCGGUGGACUUUGGGUACUAUCGUUUCAUCGUCACCAGAUUUCAGAAUACAGUCAACCCUCGAUUUAUGAACCUUCGAUUUAUGAAUUCCCUCGUUUUUUGAACACUAGCACGAGGAACCAAACUUUUUUCCCUCGUUUUAUGAACCUCGAUAUUCGAGUAAUGAAUGGAAUUUCUGGGAACCAUCUAGGAGUUGCGCAGCAUUUUUGCCCUCAAUUUAUGAACGGAUCGUUCAGAGGCCAACAAAAACCUUGAAGGUUUUUGUUGGCCACGGAACGAUCCGGGAUUAUUCGUGGUCUUAUGAAUUACGCCUGAACAGACAAAAUGCACCCUCGGUUCUUAACCCCUCGAAAUCCGAACAACAAACAGGUUUUUGCAGAAGUGUUCCCGACUUCAAUUGACACAACGGAAGGCAUGGUCCAAUGCAAAAUUAAACUAUUUAGUAUUGCAUAAUAAACAGAGUGUGAAUGCACUAACAUCUGUGUUUUGUGAGACUGAUACAGCAGAAGGCAUGGUCCAAAGCAAAAUUACACAAUAUAUUGCAUUAUAAACACAAUAUCAACUUGGAAAUACUGUUCCAUUUGCUCGAUAGUACUCACUUAACGGAAUUUUCGAUUUAUGAAUCCCUCGAUUUAUGAACGAUUUUUCGAGGAACCGAGGGUGUUCAUAAACGAGGUUCAUAAUGAGGAGCUAAGGGAAGUGUGCCCCUGAGCCAUCUCUUACAUUAAAAUGUAGUUAAAAUUUAUGUUGUGGGUAGUAUAAUUUUUUUUUUUAAACAAAACGGAAUGAUAGCUGAACAGCAUGGACAGCUACUUGAGUUACCUCUAUGCCCCUUACUAUUUUCUGCUUACGACACUUUUACAAGUAUGCCCUCGUCAGAUACAGGCUCUCAUCAAUCAUGUGUUUUGACCUUACUGCCUUUUAUUAUCAGUGUGCUGUUAUCUUUCUUUCAGUGCUCAGUUCAAUGACUCACUUCCUUUGGCUCUUUAAUUUGGAGGACCUAAGCUGUACACUGGAGAGCAAAUUUGAUACUAUAAAAGAAAAUAAAUUAUUUUUGCAGUGUUCGGAGUGAGUGCAGCAGUCUUGUUGACAUGCAGUUUACAGAAAGAUAUACACUCCACAUAUCUGAACAUUCGACAUUUACAGACAACUGUGUGCCACCGCUUUGGUACAUCCUCUUUAGGAUAAUGAAAUGAGAAAAUAUUUCGUAUUGGUAAAAAAUCUGGUAACCUGUGGUGUUGGGACAUCUGCAGUGGUUCAGUACGGCAUGUACCACCACAUCUGGUUAAGGUUAAAGCUAGUGAAGUAAAUUACCAUGGUAUGAAUUGGGACUGUCUUCUUAUACCUCAAAUGUGACUUCUGGGGAGUUAGAAAAAAAUUUACUACUGUGAGUGUUGAGUAUGAAGGGAACUAGUACUCCCAAGAGCCAAAGCAGCAACCUGACAGGACCAGGCCCCCUCGAUACAUUUGAUAUACAGCAGUGAUACAAAUGCAAUUACGGCACUAAUACAUCAAUGAUACGCAUUAAUGAUGAAAACAUGGAUAUGUAUAAUUUAUUAGAAAACAUUUACAUAUAAAUUAGUUACUAAGUGAUCAGCUGAUGUAGAGAGCUCCUUAAAGAAUAAUGAACUAAUGAAUGCUGUUCGAGCAGUUGAAGGCCAUAGAUACAUGUGUCCACCAGAGCUCCACAUUUGAUGAAAUCGUGAUAUCCAGGCAACGUUAACUCUAUGGAAUGUCAUCCGUAGGAGUAAGACAUUUUGCUUCACUGCGUACCAAUGGGACUACUGCAUCAUACUCCAAGGGUAAUGUUAAGAAAGUAUACACAAAACGUGAUAGAAUGGUGUUGAAACAAUGGACGCUUAGAAGUUGUACCUCUUUAUUACCGAGCACCGUUGGUCACAAUUACUUGUGUCCCUUCCUUUCUCUGAAGUGUAAUCCUGCAGAGUGUGUGAUACUUUAGGUUGUCAAGUAACACUGCCUUGUGUACGUAUCCCAAUGCUGUGUCGUCACAAUCCCAGUAUUCGUGCAGUUGCCAACACUGUCAAACGAGUUAACUUUGUGUGCGCGAAAUGAUGCGUAUUAAGCUAUACUUAGAAUGUACAUGUAUCACGUUGCUUCUCCACUAAGAAAUGCGCAUAUCCUUCAUGUACAUAUGUAUCAUAGCGAAACAUUCUGCUGCAUGUUAUGCGGAUACACUUGAACUACACCUGGGUAUGGCAAAAGACACUAAAGAUCAUGUAGCACGCAAUGUUAGCUUUCCCAAGAAGAUAACGUGCAAAGCAAGCGUGCUCCCACAUUAUUUAUACUUAUUACUGGAACUUCAUUCAAUUUGAUCAGGCGGUCGUAUAAGCUUAGUUGUGGCUUAUUGUAAAUCGGAUGGAAAUAUUUUCUUAAAAAUUUUAUAUGCAACACAGCUAGUAUGAUACAUGCUAACGAUGCUUUGUAAUAUCAUGUUCCUAAGUGUAAAUAAGAGAAUUUGUGAACUGAAAAAAAUGUAGAACAUAUAGAACUUAUAUAGAAAGUAAUCUUUAUGCGCAAUGUCAUAAAGUGUAGGAAUGUUGCCUCGCCAAAACCAUAAUAUAAUUUUGAUAAAUGCGCUGUUCAUUACACACUGAACAUUCUAGUCCUUACUGCUACACAAACCGGUUAACAUAUACGAUUUGACAAAUAUGGAAAAAUCAUCGGCACUGUAAAUAUGUAUGAUAAGCACAUGCGUACGUUCACACUAUUUUGUAUAAAUGUGGGAAAGUGAGAAAUAUGUAGUGCGUGAGAAUAAAGAAUUUAUGCAUA